GAGUCAACUGGUGGAACAGCAGGCACCAAGUCGUCUGGCAAGGCUGCGGGCACUGAGUCGUCUGGCAAGACUGCGGGCACCGAGUCAACUGGCGGAACAGCGGGCAUCGAGUCAACUGGUGGAACAGCGGGCAUCGAGUCAACUGGCGGAACAGCGGGCAUCGAGUCGUCUGGCAAGACUGCGGGCACCGAGUCGUCUGGCAAGACUGCGGGCACCGAGUCAACUGGCGGAACAGCGGCAUCGAGUCGUCUGGCAGACUGCGGGCACCGAGUCGUCUGGCAAGACUGCGGGCACCGAGUCAACUGGCGGAACAGCGGGCAUCGAGUCAUCUGGCAUAAUAGGAUCAUCAGGCUGGAUCAGUUCAUCAUGCUGGGUAGAGACAUCAGGCUGAAUGGAGGCAUCAGGCUGGGUAGAGGCAUCAGGCUGAAUGGAGGCAUCAGGCUGAAUGGAGGCAUCAGGCUGAAUUGUGGGCGCCGAGGCACCAGGCUGCACCAUGGAAGGGUUAAAGGCAGGAUAGGUGCAGCGAGUGGGAACAGGGUACUGACAUGCGGUAGAUAGCAGGGUAUACUGGGCUGUAACUGGAGGUGCUGUUGGGAAUGCAGGAAUAGAGCUUUGACGAAAUAGGUUAGAAGCAGGACUGGGUUUUUGCAAGCUGACUGAGGCUGGGUGUAACAAAUCUGACCAUGUCUGUAAUACAGGUUGAAUGAAG